GCGCGGCCCUUGAAGGAAAACUGUCGCCGAGGAGUCAUGGUGGCGCCCGCGCCCUCCGCCGCCGCGGAAGAGCGACAGAGAAAGCUCCAGGAGUACCUAGCAGCCAAGGGAAAACUGAAGUGCCAAAACACCAAGCCUUAUCUAAAAGCCAAGAAUAAUUGCCCGAAUCCUCCACCUUCUAAAUCUACUAUUAGACCCAAAAAGGAUGUUACCAACCAUGUUGCUUUGCCUGUCAAAGCUACAAGACCCAUCAGCAGUAAACUUCAGCCCAGACCUACCAGUAUCACAGGGUCCCAGAAGUCAAAGGUGGAGCCACCAAAACUUCUAGGCAAAAGGCUGACUUCAGGAUGUGUUUCAUCUAACCCAAACUCUCGGCCUUCUAGCAGUAGUCAACAACAGCGUGAAGCUGGAUCCUCCUCUGCUGGAGAGCUGUCAAGAGGAACCGUGGGGUCACUUAAUACACAGGAAUUGAAAACUGCAAAGCAGCAGGUGACAGGUCAAGGAAAUGCUAAAUGUGCAGACUCUGUGGACAAUGCCCAUGUUGAAAAGGAAUCCUUGGAUAGCUUUCUAAAAGAAGAGAACAAAGAGAACUUGCCCCAAACCCUGCCACACUCUGAGAGGAAGCCAAAUCCUGAAUUACAGACCAAAAGUAAGCCAAAGACUAACUCUUAUAAUCAAACCAAGAGCUGUUUGGCUCCUAAACAAGCCGUGGGCAAAAGCUCAGUAAAUAGUAUUGUUCUGAAAGACAGAGUUAAUAAGCAGGGUGUUGGAGAAACACAAAUCAAGAUUCCACCAAUAAAGUCAAAGCAACUCUCUAGAGGAGCAGAUCUUGCAAGACCAAGAGAAAGACCUCCAAAGACGGUUUCCUCUCACUUUGUUCAGACCCUUAGUAGGAUUCAAGCAUCAAAGAAACCAGUGGUCAGGGAUGUAAAGGUUAAUAGGAGUAAAUACAAAAGACCAAAUGAAACUAAGUUACAGUCAUACGCUGUUACUGAACAGAAAGUAAAACAUGCUAAACCCAGGACAUACCCCAGUGUGCUUCAGGGAGGAAAUAACAACAGACAUCCAAACACUAAGCAAGAUCCGAAAUCCACUCAGCCUUGUUUUAGACCUCGGACAUCAUGUGUACUGCAAAAAUCGAAAGCCACAAGCCAAAGGCCUGAUUUGACAGUUGGCAGCUUUAAUGCAGUGCUUCCAAGUACCCCUAGCCUAAGAGCAAAUGGAACCAAUGGGAAUAAACGCAACAACAGCUGUCAACAAAAAGCAUGGACUUUGGACUCCAAGUUGAAAAAGGCUCUUCCCCAGAGCCAUUUUCUAACCAAGACAGCUCCCAAAACUCAAGCUGGCGACACAACCACACAUGGAAAAGGAGUCCCAAAUGGGACCCAAACGAAUCCACAUAUUAAGAAGAAGACCACAGCAGAGGAUCGAAGGAAACAACUGGAAGAAUGGCAGAAAUCUAAGGGAAAAAUCUAUAAACGGCCACCAAUGGAACUUAAAACAAAAAGAAAAAUAAUAGAGGAAAUGAAUAUUUCAUUCUGGAAGAGUAUGGAAAAGGAAGAGGAAGAAAAGAAAGCACAACUUGAACUGUCCAAUAAAAUUAACAAUACUCUGACAGAAUGUCUGCAGCUCAUUGAAGGGGGUGUACAUUCUAAUGAAAUAUUUACCAUAUUGUCCAGUAUUCCUGAGGCUGAAAAAUUUGCUAAAUUCUGGAUCUGCAAAGCAAAAUUGUUGGCAAGUAAAGGCACCUUUGAUGUUAUUGGGCUUUAUGAAGAGGCUAUACGAAAGGGGGCAACACCAAUACAAGAGUUGCGAGAAGUUGUUCUUAAUAUUUUGCAAGACCCAAACAGAAUCACAGAAGGAAUUACCUCUGACACUUUAGUUGCUGAAACUAAUAUAACGUCAAUAGAAGAGCUGACCAAGAAGAUGGAAUCUGAAAAGUCUUGUCUUUCUCCAAAAGAGAGGGGAAAGGUUACAGCAACACCCCAAAUAACCAAGACAGAACAGGAUAAUCAUCCUGGUAUCAAAUUACAGAUCGCCUCAAUUCCUAGAAUACACGGAAUGCCAGAAGUACAAGACAUGAAGCUUAUCACUCCUGUUCGGCGUUCAGCAAGGAUCGAGCGAGCGGUGUCCCGCUAUCCGGAAAUGCUGCAGGAACACGACUUAGUAGUGGCUUCUCUUAAUGAGCUCUUAGAAGUGGAAGAAACAGAGUGUUUUAUAUUCCGUAGAAAUGAGGCUUUGCCUAUAACAUUAGGGUUUCAAAUCCUUGAAUCAUAAUUACUUGAUGCUUUUUUUUUUU